UAAAUUUAUUAUGAAUUUUAUAAAGGGUAUAUUCAAUAAAGUUGUAGGAACUUAAUAACCAUUAAUUGAAUAAGAGAUAUUGGAUUUUGUAAUUUUAGGAACAAUUUUUAAAUAAGAUGAAGCUAAAUAUACUAAAUUGUAAAUGACAAUAUUAUACUUAGAUCAUCUAAUACAGAAUUUGUAUUUGACAAAUUAACAAAUGAUGAAUUUGAUCAUAUUCUAAUUGUUAGAUUGAAUAGAGCUUCUAAGACUUACAGUAAUGCAAUUAGUUCAAAAGAGGGAGAUUUAUAUUUCAAUAUUUCAUUUUUUAAAUCAAUCUAUCAUUCAUCUUUAAAUGAUGAUAUAGAAGAAUUUAGUUUAGAUUUAAUGUAUUAUUUAAUCAAUAAUAUAGAGAUAUUUAAGGUAUUAAAUGGAGUAUAAGGAUGCAUUUUUUUAAAAAUACAAAGUCAGACAAUUUAAAAAUUUAAAACUUUAAAUUAUAUUUAAGCAAAUUAAUAUGGAUUAAUAAAAAUAAGAAAGCUCUUCCUAAAAAUUUAACUGAAUUAAAUGAUUUAAUUACUACAAAAUAAUCUUCUAAAUUAGAAAUGCAUAUUCUUGUUUAAUAAAAAUAGAUGAAAAAAUCUCUUAAAAAAGUGGAUAGAUCAAUAUUAUCAUAAGUAACUUCAAGAAAUAGAUAAGAUAAAGAGAUUGUUGGAGAUGUUAUCAAUUAUUUUUUGUAACAAGAUAUUGAUUCUAUAAAAUAAAUUUAUGCUGGAAAAUUGUAUGUACUUUAUCCAGAAUUAGCAGAAAUUAGACUUAUAAAUCCAUUAGUUAUUAUGGCUUUAAAUAUUAUAUCAAAAACAGAAUGUAGAAUGGAAUUAUAUAAUUAAGAUAGAUAACUGCUUUUAAUUUAACCUUUAAAAGACUUCAUCAGUUUUGAAGUAGAUAAGGAUGAAAAUUAUUUGAGUUGGGUAUAUUUUGAUGGUUUAAACUCAAUAGUAUUAUAUUUUAAAUUUGAUAUUUUGGAUGGAGCAACAUCUAUGGCCUUUAUAUUAUAAAAGUCCAGAAUAAAUAUGAAAUAAAAAAAAAAUUUAUAAUUAGAUACUUCUACAUCAAGUAGCUUUAGUUAAAUUUCAACCGAAACAACAAUUAUCUUUAAUGAGAUACAACAAUAAUAAAUUUAAUAAAUUUAAUAAAAAAAAUAAAAAAAAUACAAAUAUAAAGAUCAUUUGAAUACUUUAAAAGAAGGAUUGAAAACCACAACAAAUAAAAAAAUAAUUCAUAAUGAAAAUGAUGAUUUAAUAAUAUUAGAGGAUAAUACUGUUUUAUUAUUGAAAAAUAAUAAAUCAAUAUAAAUUAAUUAAUAAAUUAAAUUUGAUAAAACAUAUUAUUGCAAAAGUUUAGACAAAUUAGUAUUAUAUUAAUAGUUUUCAUAAGAAUUAUAUUUAAUAGAAUUAAAAACCUAAACUCAAGAAACUAUUAAGUUAAAUUUUAAGAUAUCAGAUGUUUGUCAUUAUUAAAAAUAAUUUAUAUUAUUAUGUAAUGAAUCACUUUAUAUUUUUAACUAAGACAAAUCAAUUGAAAAAAGUAAUAAAUAAAUCUAAUAACAUAUUAGAGAAUUAAAUUAUUUAAAAUUAGAAGGACAGCUGCCAAAUUGUCAGAUGUUCAGUUAAUGGAUCAAUUGUUAUAGGAACAUAAUAAGGUUUAUUAUAUGUAUUUGAUAAUAUAAAAACGAUGAAACAAAUUAACAUUUUUGAUGGAUUAGGUGAUCCAAUUUAAGAUAUCAUACUAAGCACAGAUGAAAAGUAAAUACAAAUUAUAAAAUAGGUUUAUUAUUAUUAACAAUUCCUAAUAUAUUUAAUAUUAAUAAAUAGUAACAAAACAUUAGAAUGGUUAUUAAUAAAAGUUAGAUUUGAAACCAUUUCCAAUUAGAGUGUAAUUAAAUCCUGAAGAUUUGAUUUUAAUGGGAAUAUUUAAUUUUCCAAAUUUUUAGCAUGUUCGAAUAGAUAAUAGCAAUAGAGUAAUAGCAGCUUAAUUGGAAAAUUUGCAAGUGAUUUGGAAUGUUGAAUAAAUAGUUAAUCAAUAAUAAAAUUCAUAUCAAGUAUAAUAUUAAAAUAUGAUUAGAUUUUUAUUCUUCCUGAAGAAGUUUUUGAUUAAUCGUAUAGAGAGGAAGAUAUAAUAAUUCUUUCAGAAUCAACUAUCUAUAUAAGAGAAUGUGAUUGA